AUGAAAGUGCACCCAAUCCGCACCGGAGAGACCAAUAUAAUGUAUUUGGUGGAGGGGGGAAACGGCGAAUUGGCUUUAAUAGACCCUGCCGACCCAAUAGAAAUAGAAAAGGCCGUGCAAAAAAUAUGUCCACGCCCCUCCAGCAUAAUUGUGCUUACAACACACCAUCACAGUGAUCACUCUGCAGGAAAUGCAAGCGUAAAAGAAAUGUUCCCAAGCUGCGAAAUAUAUGCAGGCUCUGCCCGAGCUUUCCACACGAAGAUCUGCCAGGACGGAGAGGUCAUCCGCAUGGGGGGAGUGGCCAUUCGCUGCAUCCACACGCCGUGCCACACGAUGGACAGCUUCUCCUUCUACUUCGAGCACUCCGGGGAGAGAGCUGUGUUCACGGGGGAUACGCUGUUCUACCUAGGAUGCGGGCGGUUCACAGAGGGCACUGCAGAGAUGAUGGAGGCCUCCCUUCGCAAAAUUGCCAGCCUUCCCCCGGAAACAAAAGCGUACUACGGGCACGACUACAGGGAGAGCAACAUGCGCUUCAGAAGAACACUCUCUGAAGACCCGGAGGCGUGCCACCCAGAAGCAGGAAUCUUUUUGACCGUAGAGCAGGAAAAAGAGCACAAUCUGUUCGUAAAUACAGAAAGGCUUUCUGCACGCGCAGAAUUUGCAGAGUUGUCCCCCACGGAGAGGCUGUCUCUUGUUAGAAGGAUGAAAGACGCAUUCAACGUGCAGGACAGUGCAGCAGCGCACGGGAGAGCAGCAGCGCACAAAUAA